AUGCUAAAUAUGAGACUCUGUAUCGCGAAGGUUUUGAGUCUACGGAUGCUCCACGAGAGAAGAUCGACAAAGUCAAACGAAUGCACCAACGCUUGCUUGAGCUUCAAGACGAGAUCACGAGCCAGCAACAGAGCCUGCGUCAAUACCAACACUGGAUGGGUGGAUAGAAGAACCGGUGAAUCGCAACCAGCUGGCAGAGACGACCGAAAAAUUCCUGCAAAGAGAAACACCAGCCCGCCCCUUGACCAAGCUCAAGUCUACCUCAAGCCAAUCCUCGCCUCCGGUUACUGA